UUCAGUCCCCAGCCCGCGAGCAGCCGUUGCUUCUCUCCUCUGACCCCAGCGCCAGCUCCGACCGGGACACGGACCGGCCCCAGAGCCCCUGCAGCAGCACAGCCAGCAGGAGUCCCCGCGAAUUCUCGCUCGGCUCGGGCCCCGCCACCACCAACAGCCCCGGGUGCGCACCUGUGAACUCUCUGCCUCCUGCACCUGCCACCUGAGCGCCCAGCGACCAUGGCCAACGCCGGGCUGCAGCUGCUGGGCUUCAUCCUGGGCUUCCUAGGCUGGAUCGGCUCCAUCGUCAGCACCGCCCUGCCCCAGUGGAAGAUUUACUCCUAUGCCAGCGACAACAUUGUGACCGCCCAGGCCAUCUACGAGGGGCUGUGGAUGUCCUGCGUGUCGCAGAGCACGGGGCAGAUCCAGUGCAAAGUCUUCGACUCCUUGCUCAAUCUGCACAGCACUUUACAAGCAACCCGCGCCUUGAUGAUAAUCGGCAUCUUGCUGGGACUGAUCGCAAUCUUUGUGUCCACCAUCGGGAUGAAGUGUAUGAAGUGCUUGGAAGAUGACGAGGUGCAGAAGAUGCGGAUGGCUGUCAUUGGGGGCGUGAUAUUUCUUCUUGCAGGUCUGGCUAUUUUAGUCGCCACAGCAUGGUAUGGCAAUAGAAUUGUUCAAGAAUUUUACAACCCUAUGACCCCCGUCAAUGCCAGGUAUGAGUUUGGUCAGGCUCUCUUCACUGGUUGGGCUGCUGCCUCUCUCUGCCUCCUGGGAGGUGCCCUACUUUGCUGUUGCUGUCCCCAAAAAGCAACCUCUUACCCAACACCAAGGCCUUAUCCAAAAACAGCACCUUCCACUGGGAAAGACUAUGUGUGAUAGAGGCGGAAGGAGAUCAUCCUUUUGGAAAAAACAGAAAAUGAACUUUGAAACAUCAUCAUUGACCUGAGAGCGUAGACAUUUGACUUGUAAUCUGGACUGCGGUAUUACAAAAGAAACCAUAUUUUUAUAAAUACCAAUUGCUAGAAGUAGCCUAGUCUUAUUUUCCCUUCUUUCCUCAGUACAAGAGGGAAGCCCUUUCCAUUUGUAUCACUGCUUCCCCCUGAGUAAUCAUACUCAAAUGGGAGGAAAGGAUGCUCCUUGAAUAUGUAUAGAUGUGUAUAUAUGCAGGUUUUUCUAUAAUAAUUUAGUAAAAAAUAUCUUAUUCUCAUUAUGUUGGUAUCAGCAUACUUAAAAUAUCUCUAAAAUAGAAAAUAUAUAUCUAAAUUCCUUUUGGUUAAGAAGUUUAUUGGUAUAUUUUUCUUUCUUCUCUCUCUACACAUAUACAAUAGAUCAAAUAUCAUUCAAUUCCCUUCUAAGAUUUCAAUGUCUUUGUCAUAAGACCAAAAUUUUUUUUACCAAGUAGUCAUUCUUUCUGUUCUUCAUGUGUAACCUUUUUGUAUGCUUAUUUUAUUAUUUUAUUUUCUGCCAUAAUCUCAUAGCACUUGCCUGUUCAUGAGGUCCUUAUUUUUAUUUCUGACUCCUGAGUCUGAUAAUGCAUGACAUAGCCUACAUUUUAAGACCAAAAGCCAGUAAGAAUGUCUUAAAAACUCAGUGUGAUGGGAGAACAUCUUUCUUCAUGACCUGAUGAUAUUUCCCUAUCAACCUUCCCACAUAUUCCAUGUACUUUGGCCUCAAGCACUCUUAUUUGCUUUGAAAAUGUUUGUUUCAUUGAAUAGCUGUGCCACUCACCUGCAUAUUAUGACACAGUUUUAUUGACUGAACUUUUAAAGGUACUAAGUCACAGUUCCAUACCCACCCCCCAACUAUCUAGUUCUUUAUGCCUCUUUGGCUACAUUUUUUUUCUUAUAUAUAAGUGUCAUAUAGUUUACCUUGCCCCAGCGAGGUGUGGUCUGUUUAUCUAAACAAAGUGCUAGACUUGCUGGAGUGACAAUCUGGUGACAAAUAUUCUCUCAGUAGCUGUGAUCGAGUCACUUAAUCUUUCUACCUCUUUUCCCUUCUGUUGAAUUGAGAUAAUUAGGCUUAACCAGCUAGUAGAAGUAAUGUGAGUGUUAAUUAGUUGAUAUGACUCUCAUUCCUUUAAUAUGAACUGUACCUAAGUAGUGUUUUUCUUUGCUCAGUUGGCAGUUUUGAAGUCACAGAAUAAAACCUAAACACAUGACUUCACAUUGUCCAGUAUCUUUGUUAUUCAGAGGCCCAUUGCCUUUCUGGUAGCUAUGCCUAGCAUGCUGUCAGCACUGGGCUCCAUUUUCAUAACUCCUCCUCCUCUCCCAGUCUGCAGAAGAAGCUAUUUCAUUUGAGCAAGAUGAUGUAAUAAAAAGGGUGUUGGCUUCGGUGUCUAGAGUGUUGAAUUUGAGUCCUGGUGCUAUCAAUUAUUCUGAGGUUGGGCAAGAUACUUGGUUGCCCUAGAUAUAGUUUCAUCUGUGAAAAAAAUAAUUGUAAUCCCAGACCUGCCUGUGUCACAGGGAUGUUAUCAGGAUCCAGAGAGAUAGGUGGGAUAUGUGCCCAUGUGGCUUUAUAAAGUAAAAUAUGCUAUAGUAGGGGAAGGAAUUAAGGAAAUUAAGUGUUUGACUUUUCACAUAACUGAUAAAAGAUUAGAUUUUAAAAUGGAGUUUCUUGUAUUAACCAGCUUCCCAAGAGGGGAGAUACUAAAGUGAAAUUCAACUCACUAAAUGAAAGGGAUUGUGAGGAAGUUCCAAUUUCUUCCAUCGGUAUGGACUGAUGUUUUUGCAUCUAAGUACAUGUAAUGGUGUAAGUAAAGGCCUAAGUGUUGGCAGAGCUGAUAAUGUGGGAGAGCUUUUGUACUACAUCCUGUGAGGGGCUAAAAGGUGCUACUUGUUAAGUGUUACCUUCAGAAUUGUUGCUUUUAGGUGUUACCCAACACUUCUGGGAUGAUUGGAGGAUGGUACUUCAUGGCAAAACCACAAGGGCAAAACUAUGCAAAAGGCUGUGUGUUGAAGAUUUGGAGCAGGUUAUCUUUACUGUGUCUUCCAAGCCUAACAGUAUGCUUCUAGAAGUUACCAUUCAAAGAGCCUUUUCCACAUUAUAGAUCCUGAUGACGGAUAAGUAUAAAUGUAUGUGGAUAAACUCCAUACUAAUCUGUAGUCAAAAAUGAUGCAACAGAAUUUUUAUGCCAAAAAUGUAUCCAGUUUUGAUAUUUAUAUAGCCUACUACCGUGCCUUGAAGUGAAUAAACCAAUAGAUAUGGGGGAGAGGGGAAAUAGAAAUUUGUAUAAAGCAUUACUCUUUUUCAAUAAAAAAAUUUUGUAGUAAAAGAA